AUUCCAUGUCGCCUUCCAGGGGAUACUCAGAGGUGGUGGUGGCAGUGGUAGCCACUUCUUCCUCAUUGACUCCCUUAGAUCUCCAUCCUCAUACUUCAUCCUUAAAAAAGGAAAUCAAUGCCCCGGUCAAGGAACACUGGGGACUCAUGUACCCAACCUGAAGACACGAGCCGCUGCACCAGGCCCAGGAGGGUCGUCCAAAGAGGCCACAUCAGCAGAACGACAGAGGCAUCCUCAGCAAACAUGAAUGACGCUUCCCUGUUGCUUUCCGGCAUCAACACCCCAGGUCCCAGUCUAACCCAGUUCAUACUGGGAUAUAUGUCCUGGCUCACCUGCCUGGCCUGCUUCCUGAGGACUCAGGCCCAGCAAGUUCUACUUAACACCUGCAGGUGCAAGCUGCUCUGCCAGAAACUCAUGGAGAAGAUGGGUCUUCUGGUCCUCUGUGCUUUUGGCUUCUGGAUGUUUUCCAUGCAUUUACCAUCAAAAAUGGAAGUCUGGCAGGAUGACAGCAUAAGCAGCCCACUGCAGAGCCUGAGGAUGUACCAGGAGAAGGUACGACAUCACACUGGGGAAAUCCAGGACCUACGAGGUAGCAUGAACCAGCUCAUUGCCAAACUCCAGGAGAUGGAAGCCAUGUCCGAUGAGCAAAAAAUGGCACAGAAGAUAAUGAAGAUGAUACACGGUGACUACAUUGAAAAGCCAGACUUUGCCCUGAAGUCCAUAGGUGUCAUUUUAUGGGGAAAGAGGGAUUCCAUCCAUCCAACCCAGGCCCCUCACACCUGCCUCUUCCAGCCCAACGUGACACCUGGCAACUGCUGGGCCUUCGCUGGCGACCGUGGCCAGGUGACCAUCCGUUUGGCCCAGAAAGUCUACCUGUCCAAUCUUACACUGCAGCACAUCCCUAAGACCAUCUCACUGUCGGGUAGCCUGGACACCGCGCCGAAGGACUUUGUCAUCUAUGGCAUGGAGAGCCCCCCCAGGGAGGAAGUGUUCCUGGGGGCAUUCCAGUUUCAGCCAGAAAACACCAUCCAGAUGUUCCCACUCCAGAACCAGCCGCCCAGGGGCUUUGCUGCAGUCAAAGUGAAGAUCUCCAGCAACUGGGGGAACCCCCGCUUCACCUGCCUGUACCGUGUGCGUGUGCACGGCUCCGUUACCCCUCCCAGAGACUCGCACCUAGGACCGCUGUCCUAGACAGUAAAGUAUCUCCUUUGGUCCCA